GACUGAGUGGCAACCGCUGUUCAAUAGAUUUUGACUUUAAUCUUGAGCGAGCCUCUGAAUUGACUUUGGCCUUGAAUAAGUCAGGCAGAAAUGGAUCAAAAGUCGGACACACACACAUACACACACAUCCAGACAACGAAGGACAAGAGGCGAAACUACAUUCAUUGGGUCAGCGGUGCCACAUUUUUAUUGGUCAUUAGUGCGAGCCUCUAUCGGGCAUUCGUAAGCAUUUACACAUCGUUAAACUUUCAUUUCCGGCAAAUUAAGCGCAUUCUAUACACCUUCUACCCUGGCCCAAAAAACACACUCACACAUACAGUGCCAUAGACACAGGGACACAGAGGCGUAGCAUUAUUCACGCCAUGUCCUGUCCCCGAUUACAGGGGACAGUUCUUUGUCAGCAAAAUAGCCACGCGGCAGUGCAUGAGAAGGCUACAUCAAAUGACCACAACAAACACAGCCCGACGGCUAUAUAUGGUAUAUACAUAUACGAUAUUCCGGGCUAUAUUUAAUGGAGAGCAAACAAAUAGCGGUACGCCCCGUAGGCGGCAUUCGCACUUUUGUUUGCUUUUCAAUCAAAAGUCAAUAGCAGAAGCGGGCCAUAUAAAAGCCUGGCAAGGAUUGUGGCAUCGGUGUUGGCUCCAAGCUAUUGUCCACAUCAUGUCCUUCUGGGCGGUUAGUCGCGGCUUAACGCCGCAAGGCAAAGUGGCGCCCAUGCUGAAUCCCAAUCAGCGACAAUUUCUGGAGGACGAGCUGCGCUAUCGAGAGAAGCUCAAGAUGCUGGCCGGCGGCAAUGCCAUCGAUGAUGUUUACGUGCGCAAACCGGACACCGUGGAUGAUCCACUGGAGCUGGACAAGCACGACUCAUUCUACAAGACCACCAAAAGUCUGCUAGUGCUGUUCCAGAUCAUGGGCGUCAUGCCCAUACAUCGUAAUCCGCCCGUGAGAAAUAUGCCGCGCACUGGCUACUCGUGGCGAUCCAAGCAGGUAAUGUGGGCCGUAUUCAUCUACAGCUGCCAAACGACAAUUGUGGUGCUGGUGCUGCGAGAGCGUGUCAAGAAGUUCAUCACCAGCCCGGACAAACGCUUCGACGAGGCCAUCUACAAUGUCAUCUUCAUCAGUCUGCUCUUCACGAACUUUCUGCUGCCCGUCGCUAGCUGGCGCCAUGGCCCUCAGGUGGCCAUCUUCAAGAACAUGUGGACGAACUAUCAGUACAAGUUCUUCAAGACGACGGGCUCGCCCAUCGUAUUCCCGAAUCUGUACCCGCUGACUUAUGCACUCUGCGUCUUCUCCUGGUUGCUCAGCAUCGCCAUAAAUCUGUCGCAGUAUUUUCUGCAGCCCGAUUUUCGCUUAUGGUACACCUUCGCCUAUUAUCCAAUCAUCGCGAUGCUGAAUUGUUUCUGCAGCCUGUGGUACAUCAAUUGCAAUGCCUUUGGCACGGCCAGCCACGCCCUAUCGGAUGCGCUGCAGGCCACCAUUAAGGGCGAGAAGCCAGCCCAGAAGCUAACGGAGUAUCGACAUCUCUGGGUGGAUCUGAGCCACAUGAUGCAGCAGCUGGGACGCGCCUACUCGAACAUGUACGGCAUGUACUGUCUGGUGAUCUUCUUCACCAGCAUCAUUGCCACCUACGGCAGCAUUAGCGAGAUCAUCGAUCAUGGCGCCACCUACAAGGAGGUGGGUCUCUUCGUCAUCGUCUUUUACUGCAUGUGCCUGCUGUACAUCAUCUGCAAUGAGGCGCACUAUGCCUCACACAAGGUGGGCAUGGAGUUCCAGACCAAAUUGCUCAACAUUAAUCUAACUGCCGUGGACACUGCCACACAAAAGGAAGUGGACAUGUUGCUGGUUGCUAUCAACAAGAAUCCGCCCAUCAUGAAUCUCGAUGGCUAUGCGAACAUCAAUCGCGAAUUGAUCACCACGAACAUCUCCUUCAUGGCCACCUAUUUGGUGGUGUUGCUACAGUUCAAGAUCACCGAACAGCGUAGAUCACAAACAGUUUAAGGCUUGAUCAACAGAACUAACUGAAGGAGUUAUCGAUUAUUUUCAAUUGAUUAUCGAUUUGUAUUCAAUUUGUGCAUAUGAUUGAAAAGCGCUUGGAUUUUAUUAUAUACAAGAUUUAUGUCUAUAUUUAUU